ACUUCCACCUAUGGCAGGGGAUGGGCAGCUCCGGUCCUGGAGGGCCAGUGUCCUGCAGAGUUUAUCUCCAUCCCUGAUUAAAAACUCACUUGCCUAUAACUUUCUACUAAUCCUAAAGACCUUGAUUAGCUGGUUCAGGUGUGUUUGAUUAGGGUUGGAGCAAAACUCUGCUGGGCAGUGGCCCUCCAGGACUGAAGUUGUCCAUCCCUGACCUAUGGGCUUAAUCAGAAGCCCAAAAAUUGAAAAUAGCCUAUUUGUGUAAUAAACAGUGCAUUUAAAAAAAAAAAGAACCCAAACUGUGGUCACUUUAUUCAGUUGAAAUAAUUCUUCAGUGUGUAUUGACUGUACACCCUUUUUAUCUUGUGAAUUGAGAUCUUUGAGUGUCCUUUGAUAAAGAUGUCUUGUGGUGAUUUGCUUGGUGGUGGGUUACGGAUCAGAGUUUGAUAUAAAACCUUGAUGGGUUUCAUUAACUAGAUAAUGAAAUUUCCUUAGCCUAAUUAUUUGAUUCUCAAUAGUUUUAAAUGCAUUCUUGUAUAAUCAAAUGUUGACAUGAAUUAUGCAGUCAUCAUAAUAUCAACCAGAAUAUGCCUGAUUACAGGUAUGUUUAUAGAAAAACAAACUGACAUUAUUUGUAUAUAGAUGGAUGAAAUUGAAUAUUACAUUUAUAAACCGUUUUGGUGUUUUGCACGAUAUCCGUGCAGUUAAGCACCAGGGGCUGGUUGCAUAAACCACUUAGACUAGUCUUAAGUUAAGACACUAAUGUUUUUCUUGAAGAGUGGUCCUAAUUUUUUAAAGUCUGUUACAUAAAAAGGUAGAUUGGUGCAAUUUGAAUUGGAAAAAUAACAUUGAUUACCCCUUGGUUAACUGCAAGUUGGUCAUACUAGUUCUUAAGACACAGUCUUAAUAUUGUGACUAAGUUUAUGCAACUGGCCCCUGCUGAAGACAUGACGCUAGGUUGAACAUUAGAGGGCGCUGCAGUACCGCAAAAUAAUGAUGGCAAGAGUUUUUCUCUUGAGGGACUCCGUAUGUAUGUAGGUAAUACAGUCAAAGGAAAUUAAUACUUUUUUUUCUUUUUUUUUCUUGAGUUAAAUUUACUUGUGAAUUCCACUGCUCCUCAUCUUGGGAUAUUUUGCACUUUUUUUCUGUUUUUGAGUUUAUAUUCCUCAAAUAAUUGAGCCUAUUUUUUAAUAAUAAUAGUAUAUACAUAUUUGUAACUGAUAGCUUUUGUAAAUCUUUGAAUCCCAUUUGUGUGAAUAGAGAGGUAGACGUUCUAUGCAAAUAUGCGAAUAUACCACUGUAAACAUGAAUUAGGGAAUUUUUAAUGCAACAGGAGGGUUGCUUUAGUUGCCACAUCCUUGUGCUAUUUCACUCUUUGACCACAAGAUGGUGCAAUGAUUAGCCCUUUGCAUUAUUAUGUUAUAAACCUUAGAUGGACUAAGGCAGCAUUGACAAUGCAUCAAUACAUACUGACACAAAAAAUAGUUUUCCUUUAGUUGUCUUGCAUAACUUACUUGAAUAAUAUUCUAUAACAAGUUAACCUCUUUAUUUUUAAUGAUGAUUGUGUUUUGUAAAUUAGAUUAUCCAAACAGCAUAUCUUGAUGUACAGCCUUCUGUUCUGUGGCUGGCAUAUGAGCAUAUAGGGAGAAAUACAGAACCUUAAAGCUGCAGCUGUGAGUUUCUAAUAUUUCACUUGUAUUCAAACAAGCGCUUAGUUUAUUUAGAAGACACCAAAUAAUACAAUAAUCUGCUAAAUGCAAAUAACAACUCCAAUAGCCUAUCAAAUUGGAAAAAAAGUGCAUGGCAGAAGGUUUUUGAAGAGAAUGUGGUAAAUACAUUUACCUAUAGGAGCUCUAAGUUGAAGUAAAAUGAUAGUGUUUAUUCAAGCUUCAUCAUUCAGUGAUUGUGUUGUGAUUUAUCUGGAGUGUUUAAGCGCUGUCCACAGAGACUUUUAAGCUCAUAAGAUAUCCGACUGCCUCACAUGACCGGCACGCAUGCAGAUGCCCCUUUAUUUAAGAAAUAGAUCUCAAAUUGACUAGAUUGAUUUUGUCCCCUUUUUGUAUUUAAUAGUGGGUCGGAUGGCAGCUCUUUUAAUGUGCAAAUGAGAACCAAUGAGGACAGACUCCUAAAUUCAGUUCAGACAGAGCCACUCAGCUGACACGGACCACGUCACCUCCGGGCUUAGCCAAUCACACCCCACCGAGCCCCUCUACUUUCCCAGGCACGCUCUCAAAGUUUUGACUUUUUGCAGCAAAAGACAGCAGGUUGAUGAAAAUGUUUUAUUAUCUUCCAGAUCUUCAUGUGAACUCCCCAGAAAGACUCUCUUUUUAUUUAUAGAUUUCAUAACACUGCAUCUUUGAAAGGACGGCGCUCUGUUGUAUCAUGCCAUAUUCGCAAGAUCUGAAAGAAGGGAAUGGAUUUUGCCAGAGGAGAUGGGUUUGAAGCUUCAGUACUACAUCUGAUGGGGAUUUUUUAGAGAAAGUACUUUUUAUCUGAAGGCUUGAGAGCGUGAGGUAUUUUUGUUUUCUUUUCUCCCUCUCAUUUAGUAUUCUACGUUUGUUUUGAAAGGUUUUUCUUUCCUUUUUGCGCAAUAUUUAGUUAAAGUUAUAGUUUCUUGGUUAUGUUAGCGGUGGGGCAAAUGGACGGGUCUCGCCAGAGCGCUUUCCUACUCAAUACCCCACCUUUGGCUGCUUUACACAGUAUGACCGAAAUGAAGACACCACUUUACCCAGCCUACCCGCUAUCUUCCACUGGACCAGCAUCCUCCACUUCACCGACAGCUACCUCUCCGAAUCCAGGUGGUAUCCCCGUCUCGUCCCCGGGGAUCAAAACAUCCACUGGACUUUCAACUCUUGGAUCACCCCAUCAGUGCGCGAUCGCCACACCUCACGGAAUAAACGACAUCCUCAGUCGACCCUCGGUGGUCGCCGGAGCGGCUGCGGCAUCUUCUCCCGCAGGAAUCUUGUCUGGACUGCCCCGUUUCAGCAGCCUGAGUCCACCGCCUCCUCCAGGGCUGUAUUUCAGCCCCAGUGCCGCGGCCGUGGCGGUGGCUCGCUAUCCGAAACCUCUGACAGACCUUCCAGGCAGAACCCCGAUAUUCUGGCCUGGAGUUAUGCAAAGCCCACACUGGAGAGACGCCAGAUUUGCAUGUUCACCGCAUCAAAACUCAGUGCUGCUGGACAAAGAUGGGAAAAGGAAACACACGCGACCAACGUUUUCCGGGCAGCAAAUUUUUGCUCUGGAAAAAACAUUCGAGCAAACGAAAUAUUUAGCUGGACCUGAGAGAGCACGGUUGGCCUACUCUUUAGGAAUGACAGAGAGCCAAGUCAAGGUGUGGUUUCAAAACCGAAGAACAAAAUGGAGAAAACGGCACGCGGCUGAAAUGGCCUCGGCGAAGAAAAAACAAGAUUCAGAGACCGAAAGGCUGAAAGGGGCCUCGGAAAACGAAGACGACGACGACGACUACAACAAACCUUUAGACCCAAACUCGGACGAUGAAAAAAUAACGCAGUUACUGAAAAAACACAAACCAAACUCAGCUCUUAUCAUUCACACAUCGGAAAACGAGAGCUCGUAAAAUGGAAGCGGGAGAUGGGUUGUCAAAUUCUUCAAGAAGUGUCAAAAAUAAUGUAGGCUACUGUUUUUCACCAAGUUUGAGCUCUGGUUUGAGAGGAAGGAUGCAAAUCAGAGGAAUAUGCACUAUUGGUGGAGCUGAACGUGCAUCAGUGUCUGCAAUAGACACAAUUCAACGUAAAGACAACGGUACAUUUUUUUGUAAAUUAACAGCGUGAGUUGUAUCGCAUAGGAAUUAUAUUACUGUGAAUAUUUAUGUGUAAAAUAUUUUGAAUAGUAAACAUGGCAGAAUUCGUUCACUUCGCCUGAGUUUAAUUUUUGGUUUAGGCUUUGUGAUUUGCAUUUUCAUAUCAUUAAUUUGUAUAGCUGCUUAUCACCCUGAGUUAUUUUUUUUUCAAGGGAUACAAGUUGCCUCAGCCCUUUGGUCCUUAAAAAUAAUCAACCAUGGAAAUAUAGAAUAAUUUUCAGAAUUUACCACUGAUGGUUAAAGACCAGGCUAAGCGACAGGCUAAAUUGAGGCUCAGUCAACAGAUUGAUCUGGCCAUAACAAGUGUAAAUAUAAACAAACACCUAACCAUAUAUUUGUAAUAUAAUGCAUAGUGUUCGUCUCCCAAUGUUAGAAUGUUUCUUUAAUUUUUUUUUUCAUGAUUAAUUUAUGAUAUUUUAAGUUUGUAACAGUGUUUGAAUCCUGCAUAAUGCGCCUUGCAGGUUGUGUAUUGCACUUUUAUUUAAUAAAAUGUUAAACAUGG